GAACACAUUUGAAAGAAAUCUUCGAGACGUUUAUUAAAUUCAUUUCUAACAUUGACCUGUUUCAAGCUCCUCAUUUUUAGAUUGAUUAGAUAGCUCACUUCAACAAUUUCAUCCUAGAAUUACAAUAGCGAGUUUGGUAUGUUCGCUUAUAUUUUACUCUAGACCACCCAGAGAUUCUAACACAUUAGAACAGGUAAAAGCACACUUACAAUUCUCUGAUCGAAGCACCAAAAAUGUCUUCUCCGCUCAAAAAUGUCAUCAUAGUUGGGGCAGCCGGCAAUCUGGGCGCCUUGAUCCUCUCUACUUUCGACACUGAUCCCAACUUCAAUGUUUCCAUCCUCUCUCGCAAAUCCUCCAAAUCUGUUUUCCCAGCUCAUCUCGUUGUUCAUCGGGUCAGUGACGAGUAUCCAGAAGAUGAGCUUCUGGAAGCUUUGAAAGGCCAAGAUGUAGUCAUCUCAACUAUAGCAAAAGCUGCUGGUGCUGUGCAGCAAAAGGCAAUUAUAGAUGCAGCUGUCAAAGCCGGCGUGAAACGUUUUGUGCCGUCUGAGUUUGGAAAUGAUACGAGAAACAAAAAGGCUAUGGAGGUUGUCCCGCAGUUUUUGAAGACCAAGGUGGACACGGUGGAAUAUUUGAAGGACAAAGAAAAGGAAGGGUUGACAUGGUCGGCGUUUGUCACCGGUCCAUUCUUUGAACUGGCUGUGAGGCGAGUUAUGGGCUUUGACUUGAAAGAACACAAAGCUAUCAUUUACAAUGAAGGUAAAGAUGCAUAUUCAACCACAACAAUUGCAUCCAUCGGCACCGCUCUCAAGAACGCAUUGCUCCACCCAGAAGAGACCGCCAAUAGGUAUCUUUUCAUCUCCAGUUUUCGUGUUUCGCAAAACCAAAUCCUCGCUUCCCUUGAAAAGGCGACGGGUAAGAAGUGGGAUGUUACAUAUGUUGAUGCGGAAGAGCAGAAGAGAAUCGGAAUCGAGAAGAUGAAGAAGGGAGAUUUUAGUGGUGGGGUGGCGCUGAUUAGAUAUAUUAAUUCUGUCAAGGGGUAUGGUGGGGACUAUGGGGAGUAUGAGGAGAUAUCGAAUGAGUUGCUGGGGGUACAGGAAGAGGAUUUGGAUGAGGCUAUGAGGGUGAUUGUGGAGGGUUGAACUUGAGCGUGAUGGGAUAACGGGAUCUGGGCUUCGGAUUGUAGAUGUCAAUAUAUUGUAGAUGGAGCUUUAGAUGGAGCUUUAGAUGGAGCUUUAGAUGAGAAGUAGUGCA